AUGAUUGAAAAUGAACAAAAUUUUAAUUUUAGUGAAUCUGAAUUCUCAAAUAUAAAAAAUUUAAAGCCGGGAUUAAAAAAUGUAUCACUUCACGGAGUUAUUGUGGAAUUUAUAAAUGAUCCACCUCAAAGUACUACUGAACCCAGGAAUUUCAGAUAUCAUUACAAGUUUGCAGAUUCCUCAGGGAGUGUAACACUAGCAGUUCCACACGGAAUCCUCAUGGAUACGAUUUCAAAGCUUACUUCUUACGUCAGCUUAACUUCAGGACACAAUUCCUCUAAAGUUGAACAAUAUCUCUUCUCUAAGGUUCCAGUUUUAGAUUUGGAUUCGGCUCCCGGUUUCACAGUCAAAGAAGUCCAACCAUCCGCGUCAAAUUCCACUAAGGGUGAAAUGAAACAUAUAGACCCGGAAUUUGAUGAAGAUUCCGAUUGGAUUGGAUGGAGUGAUGACGAGGAAUCAAACAGGGAAUCCUUAAAGUGGUUACUCCAACCAGGAGAUGUAAUUUAUAUACCUUCAGCCUUAACCACAUGGUCACAUGGACAAAUGGUACUCGUACCAAGUGAAUCUAAAAACGAACCACUGAUGAAAAUCUGUAAAUUCCAAACCCAAAUUAAAAUGGACCCCGAUAUGAGUAAACAAUUUACUGGGUCUAAAGACUAAACUAACAUGGAACUACCAUCUCUUAACACAUUACAUAUUUUAAAG